UCGAGGUUCGAGUUUCGAGUUUCGAGUUUUCGGAGCACCAGAGACGAAGUAGAUGUCCGGAAGGUUGCUGAGAAGGGUUCUCAAGGAGCAAGAGGAGCAGCAGCUCCAUGACCAGGAGCUCGAUGAGGAAUUCGAUGAUUCCCCUAAGCGUGGAGCUCCCUCAAGGAACCUCUUCGAUCUCCUCGGUGACCAGGAGGAUGUGGAGGAAGCUGAUGAUUUAGACAACCAAGGAGAUGCUGCUGAACAAGCAGAACAUGUGACUAGGAACUCUUCCAAUGUAGUUGCAGCUAAUAUUCGAAAAACCAAGAAAAAAAAGAACAAAGGUAAAGAUGAUAAGCCAAGGCCAAAAUCUGAUGUCGAAAAGAUUGAACAAAUUUUAGAAGACCUAUCCAUCAUCAAUAAAGCUCCUAUUCAACAAACAGAACAAAAUACCACAGCCAUACAGAAAGAACUUGAUGAGGCAAAUCCUAAGAAGCAUAGUGUUUCAUCCAUUCUUGCUGUAGAUCCCAAACGUUUAAAAGCUGAAAAUGAAUUAAGAAAAAUAUUUGGUGCCAAAGUUGUCAGUUCUUUUGAGAAUAGUCAUAGUGGCAGUAGUUCAAGGCAGGUACAUGGUGGGAGGCGUGUAGCGCACAAUCCAAGGAAGACAAUUCUUGUAACUCCAUCAAGCUAUUGGCCCUGGUGGGAUAGAUCCAUGUCUAUGGAACUUCUGGAAACAAAGGAAGGGUUUCAUUAUUUCAGGUAUGUGCAUUCCCCUUCUUACAGACAUGCACAAGAAGCAUUUGAAGCUGCCAAGGAGAUAAAUGAUCUCAAUGCCAUUGCUGCUGUCUUAGCACAUUAUCCUUAUCAUGUUGAGUCACUAUUGACUUUUGCUGAACUUUUCAAGUAUUCAGGAGAGCAUCAAUCAUCUGCUGAUGCCAUUGCAAAGUGCCUAUUUGCAUUGGAGUGUGCAUGGCAUCCACUAUUCAGCCCAUUGCAGGGUAAUUGCCAGCUGAAAUAUACCUACGAUACAAAUAAGCCAAUUUUCUCAGCCCUUUUCAGUCACAUGAAAAACAUGGAUAGACGUGGCUGUCAUCGUUCAGCUCUUGAGGUCUGUAAGCUUCUGUUAGCCCUAGAUCAUGAUGAUCCAAAGGGAGCUCUGUUUUGUAUUGAUUACUUUUCUUUGCGGGCACAAGAGUAUAGAUGGUUAGAACAGUUUGCAGAGGAGUAUCAAAGUGAUAACUCAAUAUGGCUGUUUCCAAACUUCUCUUAUUCCCUUGCUAUAUGUCGGUACUAUAUCGAACAAGAUGCGGCACCUGGAAAUGAAACUUCAUCAACUGGGAAAGCCACCUCUGGUGAUCUUAUGAAGCAGGCCUUAAUGCUUCACCCAUUGGUUCUUCAGAAAUUAGUGGCCAAGGCACCUCUGAAGGACUCUGCUUGGACCCAAAUACUCAAGCAUUCAUUCUUCGGAUCAGCUAAGGCGGGCAGCCCUACUCUAGAUCACCUUAUUAACAUUUACGUGGAGCGGAAUUAUAUUAUGUGGAGGUUCCCAGAACUGCAGAAUCUGUUAAAGGAGGCUGCCCUGCUGGUGAUUGAAAUGCUGAAACAAAACAACAGUGAAGCCUGGGACUGGCAAUGCGUCAGACAAGAAGCUUUUUCAUCAGACAAAAAUGAAUAUUCACAUUUGCUCGUCUCUGAUUUUUCCGAUGUGGUACCAACGCUUCCUCCUGAAGAAUUGCGCCCCCUCAUGGUUGCUCCACACAUGAUGCAUCAUCAUCAUCAUCAUCAUCAUCAUCAGAUUCCCGAUGGUAAUGGUGAAGCAGUUGCUCCUGAAAGAGCUCCUGCCCCAAGAGAUGUAGCUGGCCGCAAUGCGGUAGCUGUGUUCCUGGAAUCAUUGCUUCCAUGGGUUGAUUUCGGUCAUGAAAACCAUGAAGACCAUGAAUAUCCAGAUGAUGGUGACCAGAAUUUCAAUGAUGAUCUUCAUUAGAAACAUUCUUCACUAAUCAGUUUUCCUCUAUUUUUUCUUUCUUCCUUUUGACAUUAAAAUGCCUACCCAUGGACAAACUUGUGGAGCUCUUCUUUUUUUCUUUUUCCUUUUUUUUUUUCCUCUUUUAAUCUUUGUUCCUAAGUUAUGUCAAGCGAUUUAUAUAUAUAUAUAUAUAUAUAACAAUUCUGCCUCAGGGUUCAGGCAAUACUGUAGUUUUAUAUGUAAGGUUAUUAUUAAGGCAUCAGCUAUGGUUAUAUUAACUAGCAAUGCUAUUUCAUCACGAAUAGUUUGUAUGAAAAAUCAUACAAAUACUAAUUUUAAAACUGGGAUUGUUACUCUGGAGUUGG